GUGCACCCAAAUGUCAACGGAUUCAUCAUAAUAAUAAACCCCCCUCUCCUCCUCCAUUUUACCCAAUUAUAUAUAAACCCUAACUACCUCAUUACUUCUUCCACAUCAAUUCAUUCUCAUCAAAUUGAAAUAAAAAAAACUAACCAGAAAAAUGAAGCUAGUUUGGUCUCCAGAUUGUGCCCUAAAAGCUUACAUGCAUACUGUUAAAUCAAGUGAAAAUUGUAAAGAAUCCGGCGUACCUGAGCUACUCUCCGCCAUGGCCGCCGGCUGGAACGCGAAGCUCAUAGUUGAAUCAUGGUCACACGGCAGUCCAAUCGCGACGAGCAUCGGCCUAGCUGUAGCAGCUAAUCACACGUGUGGUCGACACGUUUGUCUAGUACCAGAUGAACGAUCGAGAUUGGAGUACGUAAAAGCUAUGCAGAGUAACGGUAUGAUGUCGCCGGAGACGACGGAGGUUGUGAUAACCGGAGAAUCGGAGGAGGUGGCGGCGACGCUCGUGGGAAUUGAUUUUAUGGUGGUGGAUUGUAAACGGAGGGAAUUUAUUAGGGUUUUGAGGUAUGCUAAGCUGAGUAAUAAAGGAGCAGUUUUGGUACGAAAAAAUGCUUACCAGACUUGUUUUUCUGGGUUUAAAUGGCAUGGGGUGCUGGAGAGAGGGACACGUGUCGUCAGAUCAGUGUUUCUGCCCGUCGGGAACGGUCUAGAUAUUGCUCAUAUUGGUGGGAAUACUAACAGUACUGCUGCCUCUGGGAGUGGUGGUGGGAACUUGAAGAAGAGUAGUCGUAGCCGUUGGAUUAAGUGUGUUGAUCAAAAGUCAGGUGAGGAGCACGUGUUUCGCGGUUAAGUUAAAUAUUUUGAUGACGGUCCAAGUUAUUAAAGAUAGCAAUGAUCAUCCGUCUAUUUAUUUCACUAUUUUGAUGCAAAUCAAAAAUUAUGGAGUAAAAAAGGAUGUGAGCUUUUUUUGCUGUUUCCAGAAAUCAAGAUAUUAGAACAACCUCAGUUGUUCUAUCUCAUUGUACAAUGUGUCAAAUAUGGUAGUGUAAAUAAAUCUAUUCCUGUAGUCAAUUGCAAUUUUGGCGUGAGCUAUUUGUAAAUUUAAUAAAUAAUUAAUGCGAUUUAUGAAUUAUUUUUAUCUAAA